CGAAAUUCAUUCAAUGUCAAAGUCGGACAGUGUUUGUGGCUUGUGAAUUUCCUCCGGUGCGUUUUGCCUCGAUUUUCCCACGAAAUUUAGUGCUAUUGGCCAACGAGUAACCCACCAUGUUCACAAAUUGCGCUAGAACUGUCAAUUCGCGAUGCCUCCUCAAGAUUCUGAAAUUCAACUCUCCGGCACUGCCAAAAGCUUCCCUGUCCACCGAGGCGACGUUUGAGGUGAAGGAAUUCAAGCUGCACAACUUGGAGGAGGGCCCAAAGACCACCGUGACUGUCACGAAGGAGGAUGCCGUCGAUUACUACAGCAAAAUGUACACUCUGCGACGCCUGGAGACGCUGGCGGGGAAUUUCUACAAGGAGAAGAUCAUCAGAGGCUUCUGCCAUCUCUACUCCGGCCAGGAGGCGUGUGCCGUGGGCAUGCACGCCGCCAUGCGUCCGGAAGACUCCGUAAUCACUGCCUAUCGCUGUCACGGCUGGACUCACGUGAUGGGAGUCAACGAGCUGGGCGUCCUGGCCGAGUUGACUGGUCGCGAGAGUGGCUGCUCGAGGGGAAAGGGAGGCUCCAUGCACAUGUACGCCAGGAAUUUCUACGGUGGCAACGGAAUUGUGGGAGCUCAAGUCCCUUUGGGGGCGGGAAUUGCCUUGGCCAGUCAGUAUCUGAAGGGAAAAGGCACCUGUUUCGCCUUGUACGGCGACGGAGCGGCCAAUCAGGGGCAGGUCUUUGAGGUGUACAACAUGUCGAAGCUCUGGAAAGUUCCUGUGAUUUAUGUCUGCGAGAAUAAUGGAUAUGGAAUGGGAACGAGUGUGGAGAGAGCUUCGGCGAAUACUAAUUACUACACGCGCGGUGACUUUGUGCCCGGGAUUUGGGUUGACGGAAUGGACGUGCUGGCUGUUAGGGAGGCAUCACGUUUUGCCAUUGAGCACUGCGAGUCUGGCAAGGGUCCCAUGGUCCUCGAGACCGCCACGUAUCGCUACUCUGGCCACUCAAUGUCCGAUCCAGGCACGAGCUAUCGCUCGCGCGAUGAAAUCCAGGAGGUGCGACAGACACGUGAUCCCAUCACGUCGUUCAGGGAGAAGAUUCUGAAUGCGGAGCUCAUUGACUUGGAUGAAUUGAAGGGGAUUGAGGCGAAGAUACGCAGUGGCGUCGAUGAGGCUGGCAAGAAGGCGAAGGCUGACAAGGAAAUCUCACUUGAGGAGCUCACGGCGGACAUUUACGCCAAUCCUGCGAACUUGGAAGCUGUCCGAAAUGUGACACCACUCACACCUCUUCAGCACAAACGCCUCGGCAACGCAGUUAAUUUAUAAUUGAGGCAUAAUGGGAGAAAGACAAAUUCCUGCUGUCACCGUCAAGGUAAAUUGCAUUCAUCUUCCUCUGCCACUCUCUUCAAUCCACUCGCUCACUUACCAACAAUACCUUUAAAAUCAUUCGUCUCAAUUUCAUUGGAAUUUCACACUGUUCAGAAGGGUUAAGAGUUUAUUAUAUCAACACUUUUCAGGUAUUUUGACUGCAUUUUAGGGUGCAUUUCAUUUGAAUUCCCAACACUUUCAGUAGAAUCUUUGGAGCACAUUUCUACACAAGAGACGUUGAGAGCUCCAAAAGUUUUAUUUUUGAUAUUCUUCCUAAUUUCGAUGCAAUUUCCAUUAAGAAACUGAGAGUUUUUUUUAGAGAUGGACACUUUCGCAAUGUACUGUAAAUAAAGACACGAAGUAAUAAGAUGAAAAGAAUUGAAAAAUAAAGGGUGUAUUUAAUACAAA